AUGCGAUUUCCACAUAUUUUCUACUAUGCGUUGUUUCUCUUAGGUAUAUCAAUCGAACUCUCCAGUGCAUUGCGGGACGUUCGUGUUCGGGUACCACAUGCUGCGAGGCGAGGCGAAAAGGUUGUGCUUAAAUGUUUCUACGACAUCGAGGAUGACAGUUUGUAUUCGGUUAAAUGGUACAAGGGGAGAAGAGAGUUCUACAGAUAUACACCCAAGGAAACGCCUCCAAUGAAGGUCUUUCAUUUCCCUGGGGUUAAAGUACGGCGCCCAGCUUCCAACGAGAGUCAAGUGGUGCUCGAUGCGGUAACAAUGCCAACAUCCGGUAAAUACAGUUGCGAAGUAUCUGCGGAUGCGCCCUCAUUUCAUACAUUAAUAGCAGCCGCCGAAUUGGAGGUUAUUGAGACUCCUCACAAUGCACCAUUCAUAACCGGAAUCCGGCAACGAUAUCGGGUCGGCGACAUAUUGCGGGGCAAUUGCACUUCGCGACACUCACGGCCGGCGGCGAAUCUCACAUGGACGGUGAAUAAUGAAGAGGUGAAUCCCGCACAUGUUCGUCAUCAUAAAAUCCUACGGGAUACACGAAGCGAAAUGGAAACUGCAAUUGUGGGAAUUCAUUUUGUGGUGACCGAUCAGCACUUUGACAAUGGCAAACUGAAGCUUCGCUGCAGCGCCCAACUGCAUGAUGUGUACUGGAAAACUACGGAAAAGACUAUUUUGGAAGCGGAUCUAUUGGGCAAAUAUGGUGGCGGUAGUGCCGGCGGCAAUCACGUGAAACCCGAUGAAGUAUACGACCAGUAUACGCUGCACGAGGAUGACCAAUUUCACAGCAAGAAGAACAGUUACCUGACUCAGCUGCAGGGCGAAGAAGAAGAUGGCGCCGAAGAUUUAGAGGAAGGCGGUGCCGCAUGGCGAGGUGCCAGCUCGGGCAGUAGCCAAGCUGUGGCACUCAGUGGUGCAACAGCAACGAUGCUGACCCUACUCAGCUGGUCGCUGGCCAGGCAAUUAGUGUCGCAUCUAGUGGCGAUUACAAAGCCCUGGAAACUGCCAAUGCGGGAUGAAACAUCGCAAAAGGAGCAACAACAGCGUCAGAAACAAAGCCUGCGGGUGACCAGCUGCAACAGCAGCAGUAGCAGCAAAGGAUGCAGCAGAUGUAUCAGGCAAUUAACAUGAUUCAAUUGUCACGCAACUCUAGUGCCACACUUCAGGGAGGGUAAUGCGGGGCGAAAAGCAAACGAGGAAAUAUAUGCAACAUAUUUAAGAUGUGAAGGUUUAGCCCUAGGCAACAAGCAACUGCAAAAUGUCUCUGAAAUAUUUACACCAAUACACACACACAAACACACAGCAUAUACUUAAAUAUGCUAGCUCAAAGUAGCUUCGAAGGCAUUUAACAGA